GCGGCGGCCUGUCGGCUCCCAGGCCGCGGCCUGAGGCGCUCGCAGGAAGGCCCGGGCGGGAAGGAAGGGCUCCCUGGGAGCGGAAGGCGGGAGGCAGGAUGGAAGCCGUGGAGUUGUCGAGCGGUCGGGAGGGUUCGUGGUAGAUCGAGGAGCUUGGAGGAGGGACUGCCGUGUUUGGAGGAGGUAGAGGUGAAGGUUAUGUAGGGGCAACUGAUUUGGGGAACCCGAGGAUCCCUUGGGGGAGAUCAAAAUGGGGCGGGCGAAGUUAAUGCCUGAAAAGCAGCCGGUUUCCUGAGAGUCUCGAGUAGUUUUAAAGGAAAGAGAACCUUUCGGUUUGGUAAUCGGGUUGUCAGAUGUUGUAAGGCAGUAGGACAGAACAUACUCUCCGUGGUUUUAUUCCCGUUCUUGGGUGCAGUGAUUAACAUUGAACUUUGGUUCCUGUAACACUUGCCUGUGUCGGUAGAGUUAAGCUGGAACUUUGCUUUGAAGGAUAAAUAAAGCACAGCCUCUCAACUGGACAUAAAUGGAUCUAAAGACAGCAGUAUUUAACGCAGCUCGGGAUGGUAAACUCCGGCUUCUCACAAAGUUGUUGGCAAGCAAAUCCAAAGAGGAGGUUUCCUCCUUGAUCUCUGAAAAAACAAAUGGAGCCACGCCACUUUUGAUGGCAGCCAGAUAUGGGCACCUUGACAUGGUGGAGUUCCUCCUAGAGCAGUGCAGUGCCUGCAUAGAAGUCGGGGGCUCCGUGAAUUUUGACGGUGAAACCAUUGAGGGGGCUCCGCCUUUAUGGGCCGCUUCUGCAGCAGGACAUCUUAAGGUGGUCCAGUCUUUGUUAAAUCAUGGAGCAUCUGUCAACAACACGACUUUAACCAAUUCAACUCCUCUUCGAGCCGCCUGUUUCGAUGGCCACCUGGAAAUAGUGAAGUAUCUUGUAGAACACAAAGCUGAUUUGGAAGUCUCGAACCGACAUGGGCAUACGUGCUUGAUGAUUUCAUGUUACAAAGGACAUAAAGAGAUUGCUCAGUAUUUACUUGAAAAGGGGGCAGAUGUUAAUAGAAAAAGUGUUAAAGGCAAUACUGCAUUGCAUGAUUGCGCAGAAUCUGGAAGUUUGGACAUCAUGAAGAUGCUUCUAAUGUAUUGUGCCAAGAUGGAAAAAGAUGGCUAUGGAAUGACUCCUCUUCUCUCAGCAAGUGUGACUGGUCACACAAAUAUUGUGGAUUUUCUGACACACCAUGCACAGACCAGCAAGACAGAACGUAUCAAUGCUCUAGAGCUUUUGGGAGCUACGUUUGUAGACAAAAAAAGAGAUCUACUUGGGGCUUUGAAAUACUGGAAAAAAGCAAUGAACAUGAGGUACAGUGAUAGGACUAAUAUAAUCAGCAAACCAGUACCACAAACAUUAAUAAUGGCUUAUGAUUAUGCCAAGGAGGUAAACAGUGCAGAAGAACUUGAAGGUCUUAUUGCUGAUCCUGAUGAGAUGAGAAUGCAAGCACUGUUAAUUAGAGAACGUAUUCUUGGUCCUUCUCACCCUGAUACCUCUUACUAUAUUAGAUAUAGAGGCGCUGUCUAUGCAGACUCUGGAAAUUUCAAAAGAUGCAUCAACCUGUGGAAAUAUGCUUUGGAUAUGCAGCAGAACAAUUUGGACCCUUUAAGUCCAAUGACCGCCAGCAGCUUAUUGUCUUUUGCAGAACUGUUCUCUUUUAUGCUACAGGAUAGGGCUAAAGGCCUGCUGGGCACUACUGUUACAUUUGAUGAUCUUAUGGGCAUACUGUGCAAAAGCGUCCUUGAAAUAGAGCGAGCUAUCAAACAAACUCAGUGUCCAGCUGACCCAUUACAGUUAAAUAAGGCUCUUUCCAUCAUUUUGCAUUUGAUUUGCUUGUUAGAAAAAGUUCCUUGUACUCUAGAACAGGACCAUCUCAAAAAGCAGACUAUCUACAGGUUUCUUAAGCUGCAUCCGAGGGGAAAGAAUAACUUCAGCCCUCUUCAUCUGGCUGUGGACAGGAAUACUACAUGUGUAGGGCGGUACCCUGUGUGUAAAUUUCCAUCUCUGCAAGUUACUGCCAUACUGAUAGAAUGUGGUGCUGAUGUGAACGUCAGAGACUCCGAUGACAAUGGUCCCCUACAUAUUGCCGCUCUGAACAACCAUCCAGACAUCAUGAAUCUUCUUAUUAAAUCAGGUGCACAUUUUGAUGCCACAAACUUGCACAAACAAACUGCUAGUGACUUGUUGGAUGAGAAGGAAAUAGCUAAAAAUUUGAUCCAGCCCAUAAAUCAUACCACGUUGCAGUGUCUUGCCGCUCGUGUCAUAGUGAAUCAUAGAAUAUAUUAUAAAGGGCAUAUCCCAGAAAAGCUAGAGACCUUUGUUUCACUUCAUAGAUGAUAACUUGACUGUGUUUUAGCACUGUUAAAGCACGAAUUGGUAACAGUUGUUUCAUAAAUGAGCACUGUUGUGAUAACACCAGCAUUCAUUUAGCUUGAUUUCAUCGUGCUGUCAUUGGCUAAAGCAUUAUAAGCAUCAGAUUUACAGGAUUGGUUUCCCAGUAUUUAAUAUAAAUAUACCAUAUAAUAUAUUGUUUGUGAAUUAUUGAGAAAUGUAAUGUCAUAUUCAAAUUUCUAAAAUUGUUUGCCAAAGGCUUACUAUCCAUUCUGGUUUUGUUUGCUGUUGGGUGUUUGGGAUUGAGUUAACUGUUUUUCACUGAUGUCUUUAUACUUUUCUGGUUUGUGAAUUUUAUACAAUUGAAGAUCUUUUUUUCCCCUGCUUCCUUCUCCAAGCUUUGCUCCUGUUUCCACUUUAUUUUUGCUUAAUCAUUUCUACAUAUCAGUUUUUUCUCCUUAUGGACCCUUGCUAGGUGAUACGAACUUUAUAAACUUGUUACCAUUUGCAGUUACCAUAAGUGCUUUAUCUUCUCUAUGCACCGGCUUAAACUUGACUGUUGUAUGUUUGCAUAUUUUCUAUGCAGCAGUUGGUCAACUUCAACUCAAAACACUUUUUUAGGUUUGUUACAAAGCUCAUUUUAUGAAAGUACUCUCUGUAGCAUGACAGUUUUUAGAGCUACAGGUUAGCUGUCUGAACUCAUGCUUUUUUUUUUUCCCUUCACAUCUGAGGUUUCUUUCUCUAAGCUACUGAAAUUGUUGUGUGCUAAAUUUGGGAAACAAAUCUAUUCUAACUCAUUAACCCAGUUGAAAUUUAGGUCUGUCAUCUUAAUAUAUCAUUCAGUAAAAGGAAGAGUCUUUAUAAAGUGACCCACCUUUCAUGCUGCUUCAGCGUUGUCCUGCUUGUGCUGAUGGUGUGAUUAGGUGUAAAGAAUUUGCUUAAAUUUAACCUCAGAGUUUAUCACACAGCAUAAUGAGUCACAUUCAAAUAUUCAGUAACAAAACUACAAAUCACUUUUAGUUACAAAAAGAGCUAAAGCAUGUCAGUGGCAUGAUGCUUGCCAAGCCUGACUUAGGCAUCUAGGAUAAUUAAAAUAUUUUAGUAUGCAAUUUACUGCCAUAGUAUCAAAGGUCAGUAACAGUGUUCUUUCUUUCUUCAAGCUUAAGUCUACCUUUAAAAAUAACUUGCAUGAAUUACUUUGGUCUCAAUUAUUUGUCACCAUAGUUAAACACACAAGGUUGCAGUGCUUCCUAUUCCCUUACUGAAAGUUAGCAUUUUUAUUUUUCGUUUUAUUUUUUUAACAGCUUUGCUAAUGCCACAGAAAGGGCUCUUUUAACUUAAGAAAAGAUAAGUGAAAAGUACUAAAAAAGAUUCAGGUAAUUCUCAUUCAGCACUUUAUUGUUAUUCAGAAUAAAAUUUUUGAUGGCAUAUUUACCUUGCAGAUGUCUUAAUGAAAUUAUUCUGAAUAAAAAGCUUCUUAUUGAUUUAAGAAAAAUUCAGUUUACCUGUGAGUUUAAUGAGCUGGAUCACUCACUUGGGUUUUUGUGUUGACAUUUUAUUCUGAGGGUUGAUGUAAUGGUAUUUAAGUAGUCAUCAUUGCAAAUAGUCACAUUAGAUUUACCUUCAUUUUUAUUCAAUAAAAAAACUUGUGAUGAAGAGUAGUAGAUAAAUAAAAGAACAGACUUUGUGGUUAAACAAUUGAGGUUUAAUUUUUUAAAAAGCUAUCCUUACCCAUUUUACUAGGUUGUAAAUUUAAUUUCACCGUUGAAAAUGGUGGAUUGGAUAUAAAUGGGUACUCUCCAACCUCUUAAUGAAGAGAUUUUAAUAUCUCUUAUUUACCAUGGGCAAAUUUAAUUAAAUAUUUGAGUUGCCACAUAUAUUAAGAAUAGUUUAUGAUUUAGGUGGAUAUUCUAGAAAUCAAACAUCAAUAUUUUGAAAUCACCUGCCUCUAACCUGUGGUGCAGUGCACAACUACUUUUUUAGAAAGAUACUUUACAAAUACUGUAAAUUUACAUUAGUUGAUCUCAAUAAUUUUUGGGUAAAAGAUGAGCAGUUGGAUUUUUACAUGAUCUAAUAUUUCCUCCUUUUUUGGGGAGGGAGAGGAGAGUUUACAUGUUCUUAUAGUAAGGUUCAUCUCACACUGUUUUUACAGGUGAACUUGAAUUGAGCAACUCUAGUAUAAAAUAUGGAUUUCUUUCAAUAGUAUUUUUCCACUAUUAAAAAUUGAUAACUUAUAACUGUUCUACAGUCUGGAUAACUGAAAUGCCUUAUGUCAAUUAGGAUAUAAUUCUCACUUGUCUGUUUGCCAUUUCCCCAAAUACCAUUGAGGUUCUUGAAAAAUAAGUUAGAUACAGCUCAAAAUUGUCCAUGAAUGUACUUUAAAGGGGAUUGGUUAAUAAAUGUGACCUCAGACACUGAUAAGGCCUUCAGAAAGUAUUCUCAAAAUUAUUGUGAGACUGAAUAAAAUAUUUAAAUUUAUUUUUUAAACCACAGAUGAGUAAAUUUAAUAUUUACUGACGUAAUUGUACUGAUUUGAGUCAAAGUAUAUACUGUAGCAUGGUGUUGACUGGAGUUAAUGUGUAAGUUUUGAGUAUGUGUCUACAAAAAUGUCCUGUUGAGGCCUGCUGAAUUUUAUAUAUUCCACUAUUGAUCAUUUUUGUAAAAAAAAAAAAAAAAAGUAAUUUCAAUUAGAUUAGAU